AUGCGAUCGCCCGAGAUUAAAACGCUGCUGAAGAGGACGGGGGGGAGUAAGAAGGGCACGCCGACGCGUCCGCAAGCAGGCAAAGAGUCAGCAAGGGGUUUCCAGCCGGCGCGCUCAGGUUCGAAAGAAUCCAGACGGCAAGGACCAGGGGCCGCCGCUCGGGCGGCGCCGGGGGCAGCUCGGGGAGGGCGGCGAGAAAUGCUGGAAGAACUGCGGCGGAGACUAGCCGGUCAGCAGACCCUGUGGGGUGUCAAGUCCCCGCUUGUGAAGGAGAUCGAGCGCCUGAUCUCGGCCUCCGUGGAGGCGUUGGGAGUUGAUACGAUCGGGACGAGGUGCAGCGGCGGCGGCAGUAGCGACACCGGUUCUGCUGUUGUUGGCGCGGGUAUGAGGGGAAAGAAACAGCGCUGCCACUGGUUGGUGACUGUGGCUGGCGGCCCCCAGCUAGUCUUCAAGCGAGCGCUGCGGUUGAUGUACCUGACUUGCAAUACGGGGGCUCUGAGCAGCGGACGGGUUGGGGCGGCGUCCGUUCGCGGUGCGGGAAUCACGGGGGCCUUGUCGUCUUGGUCUCCAGGCCUCUCCGCGGCGUUCGGCAAAACGAGGUACGCGUCCUACGUGUGUAACCCGCAAGCAAGAGCCUUCCAGCAGAGAGAUGACUUCUUGAGGUGGGAAGCAGCAGUAGAGCUGCGGUGCGCUCUGGACAGAGCCAUGGAGGAAAUUUCUCGAGGGCGCCAGGCAGGACCAGCGGCGCUCGCUACUGCACGGGUGGCAGACGGUGCGGAAAGUGAGGAGGGAGAGGGGGAGGAGAAGGAGGAGGAGGAAAACGGGAGUUCGGCCGGAAAAAGAUCGUGGCCGGAGGUUUUGGUUCUGGAUAGCGACGGGGAGCUUGAAAACGUCGAGGAGUCGUUUGCUUUCCGGAGGGAAGAAUCGGGCAGCCUGAACGCUAAACUCGAGCGCAUUAAAAAGAAAGAGGGCCGACAAGGGGUCCAAGCAGCGGAGGACGAAGGGGAGGAGGAGGCGGAGAUGAUUCGGCCUGCAGUGAGCGAGCUGGAAGACAUGAUCGCCCAGUUUUUUUCGGAAGAUCCUUCAAAUGCGGUGGCAGUGGCGAUAUCCUUCGCGUGCUCACGGUGCCUGCACGCCCAUCUCGGGAGUCCGGCCGUCACUUUGGGUUCGCAGGUCUCGUCAUCCUCGUCCGGUUUUUCCGGUGCCAAGAAUGGCGUCGGAGGAGGGGUGGAGGAAGAUGACAAGUUGUUGCGGUUACUGAGGGCGCGGUGCGGCCUGAACAAGGCCCCAGAGGCUUGGACUCGCCCCGUCAGGGAGAUAACACCAGAGGAGGUGGGUCAGAAGGGGACAGAUUACGCGGGUCGUGCGGAGCGUCCGCGUCAGCAACAGCAAGAAGAUGGAAAAUGUGGGCCGGCGUUGCUAACGCAUCCCAGCGAGUUACGACACCACGAGAACGAAUCGGAAUUGAAACUGGUCUCCGUGACGGCAGGGGGGGUUGCUUCUGGAGGAGACCCCACGUCAGAUUUCGCUCCGGUAGGAGAGCAGAUGGGCGCAGCUACGGGAAGCGGUACUGAGGAGGGGAAGGGGGACGUAGUUGGCAGCAACAACGAGGUGCCGGAGUUCUUGCUACAGCUCGAAGCGGGUUGGGUCUUGGCUUCGGCGGUGUGGGAAGGAGUGGCGCUUCUAGAAAGAGCGAGGGACUACGAGAACGCCGUCGAGCUGUUGACCCAGCUGCUGGCAACGAGGUACACGCCUCACCGACGAGGGCGUUGGUGGAACCGCCUGUCGCUCGACCUCGCACACGCCAAGCGCCUGCCGUGCGCGCUUUGGGCCUCUCAGGAGGGCCUGAAGGACCCUCAGGUUCGCGGGGGCGAUCGCCUGGCUCUGGAAAAGAGGGCUUCCAUGCUGUCCACGAGCCUUCAACAAGAAGGUGGCCACCAGCUCAAAGACCGCUGA